AUGGCACGUCUAUAUAUUCCUGGCCUUCCUUUCCGAAAGGAUCCAGUCCCUACCGCGUCACGGAUCAAGUCCCAGCCGGCGUUUCGUUCAUUCCCUUAUCACCCGUCGGUUAUCUUCCGUCCGAAUGUCCCUCUUCCCGCCACUCGUCCUUGCUUCUCUUCCCAUGUGCCGGUUUUCUCUCCGAAGUCCGCCGUCCGUUCGUUUCAGGAGAUGCGAAAGGGUUCGAAUCUCCCUGUGCGUUCUCAGGUGAGAACCACGUCCACUCCUAAACCCCCGGUUGUUGGUACUACUGUAGUCCAGGAUCAGCUGAAGGAGACUCUCUCUCGUCUUCAUGAGAGAAGAGCAGCUCGGCAGGCUAGGUCGAGACCGUGGGCCCAAGCUCGAUCGACUACGAAGCCGCCGCUCCCUCAACGACCCGCACCUACGCCAACUUCAGCUACACACGUGAGAAUGACUGCUCGCGAGAUGGUCGCGAAGAUCGAUGCAAUCCUUGCAAAAUACGCAGCGCCGCGGGCUCGGGUACCUCGUGUGCCUGUCUCGUGCGUGCCUGUGGUUCGUAAGGACAAGUCGAAGAAACGUGUCCGUUUCUGUGAGACCACAGAAGUCCUCACCGUCCCCCGCUGGAUCGAACGGAAGGAACAUGUGUUUCCCGGUCCCCUCUCAUGCCUCGGGCACUUGCAGGGAUGGAAGGUCACACCCCUCCGUGAGCCUGAUGAGGAUGGCGAGAUGGAGAAAUACACGACAUAUUGGGGUUCCGACACCUAUGUCUGUCUUUCUUAUCACAAUGCCAACUCUCCCUGUAACCGUUACAUGUGCGCAUGGAACAGCUUGGCCCGGAUCCAGGCAAAGCGUCCUGCGUGGCAACCUCCAAUGGUUUUCAGUGGAUGGCUCAAGAUGCGAGAGAAGCUUCGGGAACAGGGUGAAUUCAGACUGUAG